AUGAAAGAUAACAGUGAUCAAGAUUAUCAAGAGCUGUGUUCUAAAGAAGCGCUGGACAGCUCGGAGGAAAAGAUUUUCAAACACCAAGAUGGCAAAGCAGCAGCAAGUCCUGCGAAGGAUGGUGAAGAAGACAAAGAAGCCGGGCAUGUGAAGGAAGAUGGGCCAAUGGCGAAGAAUGAAGGCAAAGAUGCGGAAGAGAAAAAAUGCGAGAAGCCGCCAUUUUCGUAUAAUGCCCUCAUAAUGAUGGCAAUUCGUGGGUCGCCCGAGAAGAGACUAACCCUAAGUGGUAUCUAUGAUUUCAUAAUGAAGAAUUUUCCCUACUACUGUAACAACAAGCAAGGCUGGCAGAACUCCAUUAGACACAACCUAUCGCUGAACAAAUGCUUCGUCAAGAUUCCCCGUCAUUAUGACGACCCUGGGAAAGGGAACUAUUGGAUGUUGGAUCCCAGUGCUGACGAUGUGGUUAUCGGCGGAACGACAGGCAAACUAAAACGACGAAAUCCGCCUUCCUCUAGAAACCGCGUGGCGCUGAAACGCCAGCAAAGAAUCUCUCCAGUACCAGGCUAUGCACUUGACCCUUCACAAGUAGGCUUCUACUCUGGUUUCUGGCCUCAUCCACCCUCUAUGUUCCCGGCACCUUUGUCGCCUCAAAUGAGAAGACACAGCUUAGUGGGAAUGUCUUGCACCAUGAACUGCAGCUCGUCCCUCCCACAUCCAACACCGGUUCUUCCACACCCAACCCCCAGUGCCAGAUGCCUCGUCCCCUCAUCACCAGAGAUGGCCUUCCCAAGUCAUUGCCACGGGUUUGGAUUUCUGCAGCCCUCUUGCCCACAAACAGGCCUUUUCUCUCUCGGCCACCCACGCUCCCCACUGGAAUCACAAUGGCCAACUUCGAUGUCAUCAUCUCCAUUUCUACAAGACAGGUUUAUGGUGAACAAUGAUUCGAUAUUUCAGUCUGCGUUCAGUACAGUACCUAAGCUAACGUUCGGUACUCCCACAUUAAGAUCUAACUUCCCUUUCUUAAAAGAGAGCGCUUCCCAAGUUUCGCGCACGCCUUUUCUUUCGGAUUGCAAAUGAACGUUGGAGGUUUUAGUGAAAUAGAAAUGAUUAUUUAAGUUUAGAGACAAGUAUAAAUAUCACACAAGAAAAAAUGGAUUGUGUUUUGUAAAUAUGUAUUUGAAGUUAGGGUUGCCAGCAACAGUGGACAUAUUAAUUCCAAUUAACUGACUCGAGGUCAAAUAGUUGUAUUGGUUUAUCCACUUUGUUAGCUCUAUUUUCGUUAAUUAAGUGCAACUUUGCGUUAUCAUUAAUACCACGUUGAAGCCCACGAGCAAAAUACCAGUUAAAGAAAAUUAUUUUACACAUCAAUGACGACCAGACGACCAGAUAGUGCAAAUUUUCGCUACUUUACUCUGUUAGUUGGCACGUCUUUCCGUGAAUGUAAGCAAAUAACAAAUAAUUAUUUAUGGCCGCAAUGUGUCUGCGUAA